AUGGAUCCUAACGACGCCUUCUCGGCUGCGCACCCGUUCCGGUGGGAUCUGGGGCCCCCGGCGCACGCCGCGCCGGCGCCGGCGCCGCCUCUGCCGCUCGCGCCGCAGUUGGGAGCGCCGAGGGAGCUGGAGGACCUGGUGGCGGGGUACGGCGUGCGCCCGUCGACGGUGGCGCGGAUCUCGGAGCUCGGGUUCACGGCGAGCACGCUGCUGGGCAUGACGGAGCGCGAGCUCGACGACAUGAUGGCCGCGCUCGCGGGGCUCUUCCGCUGGGACGUGCUGCUCGGCGAGCGGUUCGGCCUCCGCGCCGCGCUGCGCGCCGAGCGCGGCCGCGUCAUGUCGCUCGGCGGCCGCUUCCACGCUGGGAGCACCUUGGACGCCGCCUCACAGGAAGUGCUGUCCGACGAGCGCGACGCGGCGGGCAGCGGCGGCGUGGCGGACGACGAGGCCGGCAGGAGGAUGGUGACCGGCAAGAAGCAGGCGAAGAAAGGCGCCGCCGCGGCGAGGAAGGGCAAGAAGGCGAGGAGGAAGAAGGAGCUGAGGCCGCUGGACGUGCUCGGGGACGAGAACGAUGGCGACGAGGACGGCGGCGGCGGGUCGGAGUCGACCGAGUCGUCCGCGGGCGGCGGCGGCGGUGGCGGGGAGCGGCAGCGGGAGCACCCGUUCGUGGUGACGGAGCCCGGCGAGGUGGCGCGGGCCAAGAAGAACGGGCUGGACUACCUGUUCCACCUGUACGAGCAGUGCCGCGUCUUCCUGCUGCAGGUGCAGUCCAUCGCUAAGCUCAGCGGCCACAAGGCCCCAACCAAGGUGACGAACCAGGUGUUCCGGUACGCGAAGAAGUGCGGGGCGAGCUACAUCAACAAGCCCAAGAUGCGGCACUACGUGCACUGCUACGCGCUGCACUGCCUGGACGAGGAGGCCUCCAACGCGCUGCGCCGGGCGUACAAGGCCCGCGGCGAGAACGUCGGGGCGUGGCGCCAGGCCUGCUACGCGCCGCUCGUCGAGAUCGCCGCUCGCCACGGGUUCGACGUCGACGCCGUCUUCGCCGCGCACCCGCGCCUCGCCAUCUGGUACGUGCCCACCAGGCUGCGACAGCUCUGCCACCAGGCGCGCGGGAGCCAGCACGCCGCCGCGGGGCUCCCGCCGCCCCCGAUGUUCUAG